GAUGGCGCCGCUUAUCCUCAAAACAUUUUAAGUUGGAAACGAAAAAAAUAUGUCUUUGAUGAAUGGAACAUUAGUGCAGUUUAUCACGGCACUAUUUACAAUGAAGAAGUCGAGUCUAGUUCAUAUGCCACUCGUGUAAACAUCAUUUAAGCAUCAGCAAACAGGAGGCGCAUCGGGUGGACGGUCGGACUGCAGCAUCCACCUGAAUCUCCUCACCAGCCUCAGCCUCUCUGAGAGCGCGAGAGUGACGGGAACGGAGGACGAGAUUUCACCAGACCGGAGGCUAUGGCAGCCGGUGGAGGAUGCGGGGAAUCGGUGGAUCAUUACCGGGCCGAGGUGGAGAGGCUGACCCGAGAGCUCGCAGAAGCGAACCGGGAGAAGAUCCGGGCUGCGGAAUGCGGUCUGGUGGUGCUGGAGGAGAACCAGACGCUCAAGCAGCAGUACGCGGAGCUGGAGACCGAGCAGGAGGCUCUCAAACAGGAGUUAGAGCAGCUGCAGGAGGCGUUCGGUCAGGCUUACACCAGCCAGCGUAAAGUAGCCGAGGAUGGUGAGACAAACGAAGAGACAUUAUUGCAGGAAUCUGCCUCCAAAGAGGCCUAUUAUAUGGGACGUCUGGUGGACCUUCAAACCCAGCUCAACCUGAGCAGCUCCGUGGCCUCCAGCGCCCAAGUGGAGACUGAACAUCUCAACGCCCUGGUGCAGGAACUCGGAGAGAAUAAUGAGAUGUUAGAGCUACAAAGGAACAGGAUGAGAGAGGAAAUCAGAGAGUAUAAGUUCAGAGAGACCAGACUGCUGCAGGACUACACUGAACUGGAGGAGGAGAACAUUACUCUACAGAAACUAGUGUCAACACUCAAACAGAAUCAGGUGGAAUAUGAGGGUCUAAAGCAUGAAAUCAAAGUGCUUGAGGAAGAGACGGUGCUACUCAACAGCCAGCUGGAAGAUGCUUUGCGUUUGAAAGACAUUUCUGAAGGCCAGUUAGAAGAGGCGUUGGAUGCUCUGAAGAGUGAGAGAGAGCAGAAGAACAAUCUGAGAAAGGAGCUGGCCCAUCAUCUCAGCCUGACGGACAGUGUGUACGGAGCCAGUACCCACCUGGCCAUCUCUGCCGUGGAGGGUUUGAAGUUUGCAGAGGAGGCAGCAACCAAUGGCACGUCUGCAUCUGGGUCUAACCCCAACAAUGAUGACCGUAACCGCUGUAAUGAGUGCAAUGGGCAUGGACCAAAGGUGAACGGAGAAUAUCACCAACCUGGAGGCAGGAAGGGAGAGGUGCUGCACCCAGUGUCUGAUCUCUUCAGUGAACUCCACCUGUCUGAGAUACAGAAACUCAAACAACAGCUCCUACAGGUUGAGCGAGAGAAGGCGGUUAUACUUACCAACCUGCAGGAGUCUCAAACUCAACUGCAGCACACACAGGGCGCUUUAACUGAGCAGCACAGGCGUGUUCACCGCCUUACGGAGCGCUUCAACUCUAUGAAGCGUCUCUACAGCGACAAGGAGUUUGACACAGAGGAGUCCGAGAAGAGCGUCGGGCCCAUUAACGGUUGCUGCGAUAAUGAGGCAGACAUCAAUGGAAUGGAGCUUCUGGAGUGCAAAUACAGAGUUGCCGUGACUGAAGUCAUUGACUUGAAGGCGGAGCUUAAGGCUUUGAAGGAAAAAUAUAACCAGUCUGUGGAGAACCAAUCAGAAGAGAGCAACCACAGCGAAGGGAAGGUCCAGGCUCUCGAAGAACAAGUGAAACGGUUGGAGAAAGCCUGGCGCGAGGGCCGCGAGCGGGUUAGCAGUCUGGAAGCGGAGCUCCGGUGUGCUUCUGUUAUGGCUAGCGAAAGUAACAGCAUGCUGAACACAGCUCAGGACGAGCUGGUUACAUUUAGCGAGGAACUCGCUCAGCUUUACCACCAUGUCUGCUUGUGCAACAAUGAAACUCCGAACCGUGUCAUGCUGGACUACUACCGUCAGAGCCGGGUCACACGUAGCGGCAGUCUCAAAGGCCCAGAGGACCCAAGAGCCCUGCUUUCUCCACGUUUAGCUCGCCGAAUCGCGGCUGCUAACUCCUCAGACGUGUCCAAGAGUCCUCAAGACUCUCCAUCAAAGGAACCCCUUGGAGAAGGAACUAAAGGGGAAGGAGGAAGCCCCAACAAAACACUGUUUGGUUCACCAAUCAAUGGUUCAUCUCUCUCACCCUCCCCAGUGCCAGAAACAGGUGAUCUCCGCCGCGAACCCAUGAACAUCUAUAACCUCAACGCCAUCAUCCGUGACCAGAUCAAACACCUGCAGAAAGCUGUGGACCGCUCGCUCCAGCUGUCCAGGCAGAGGGCUGCAGCACGAGAGUUGGCACCCAUCCUCGAUAAGGACAAAGAGGUCUGCUUGGAGGAGAUCCUAAAACUCAAAUCCCUCUUGAGCACCAAAAGAGAGCAGAUUGCUACAUUGCGUUUUGUCCUGAAAGCCAACAAACAGACUGCCGAGGUGGCCCUUGCAAACCUGAAGAGUAAAUAUGAAAAUGAGAAGUCUAUGGUGACGGAGACAAUGAUGAAGCUUAGAAAUGAACUAAAGGCCCUCAAAGAAGAUGCAGCCACCUUUUCCUCACUGAGGGCAAUGUUUGCCACAAGAUGUGAUGAGUACGUAACUCAGCUGGAUGACAUGCAGAGGCAGCUGGCUGCCGCAGAAGAUGAAAAGAAGACUCUGAACUCCCUCCUGCGAAUGGCCAUUCACCAGAAACUGGCCCUCACCCAGCGCCUGGAGGACCUGGAGUUUGACCAUGAGCAGUCGCACUGUGGCCGUGGAGGGAAAGUGCCAAAAAUUAAGAGCAGCCCUCAAAAAUCUCUCUUAGAUUGUCAGCAGCCUGCUGGCUCAGUACCGCCAACCUCCCCACAACUGAGGCGCGGGAGGGCAUCCACGGGCCACAGUCCUGUGUUGUUAGCUCUUCAAGAGGACCUGAUGGCCAACUCCAGAUUUCCAUGUGAUCCUUUCAACUGUCUGGCCCAUCAUUCUCAUUUUUUUGGCCCUUAGCCUCCUGUUGUUGGACUCCUCACAGAGACAGAUGAAGGGGGCGGGGCACAUCAGUCAAUCAUGACCUCCAGCCAAUCAGAUGCUCCAGAGGGGCCCGCCCUAAUUUCCCACCCAUUCAUUGAAAUUGGAUGAAUUAUUCAAUGAUGCAUAUUGUAAGUACUAAUUAUCAUCUUGAGUGAGAUGAGAGCAAACUGAAAUGGACUGAUGUAUACAUAU